AUGGCACACACUAAGCAACCCAGGGUCAGCGAUAAUGACAAGGACCCUAGAAGAUUCAAAUGCACGAGCUGCAACAAGUCCUUCAAACGCAGCGAGCACUGUGCGCGUCACGAGUUGAUGCACACUCAGGAGCGGCCUUUCCCUUGUCGGAAGUGUGGGAAGCGGUAUGGCCGGAAGGACCUGCUCCGUCGCCACGAGCGUACGAUUCAUGCAGAACAGUAUGUCAACGAUGAUGGCCAUGACAUGCCGGAGAAUUCUCCUUCUUCAAAUGCUUCUGAGAAUUCCGACCCCUGCGACCCUACCAAUAUGCAAGAUUCUCGUCGCGAAGCUCCCGCACUUCAUAAUAUACCGUCGAGCCUACCUCAGCCUCUGGGAAAAGAUGCGCGGUCACAAGACACUCAGGACAGCAAUGCCCCCUCUCUGCCGGGCGAGGUGGGAUCAACCCUCCAGGCUGCUCCAUUAAUGUAUCAUGUGAAUGGGCUGUCACCCCCCUUGGGCUCUUCCCUUCGCCAAGACGGGCUUCAGUUUCCAUCCUUAUCCACCUUCGGUGACCAUGGUACUCCGAUGGGAUCUGACCCUUUAUUUAUGCAUUUAUUACUUGGAGGCACUCCAGAUUCGACUCGAUAUACUGGAAUAGAUGGCAUGAACAGAACUGUUCUAACGACAAAUGGAGAGCGCGAGAUACCACCCACCUCGGCUUCACCACAAGAUGUUAAUCUGACAAUCGCAGGCGCUAAUCCAUCAUCAGUACAUCCAAUGGCGGCAUGGGGUACGAAUCCAGGAGCUGGCUUUCUGGAAGGCCUAGGGCCUAUGGAUUUUCAACUGGACCUAGGGACAUCACCUUCAGAUACAUGGUCUGGGGAUCCUAGUAACCUGACACGAAGUCUUCCCACCAUUCGACGGGAGAAGUUUGUUCAGUCUCCUCAAUAUUUAAUCAACGAAACAGACUUUGAAAGGAUCCACAAGGAUGCCUCCGUGCAACUCGGGAAUUCUGGUCCCGAUUGUAACUUUCUCAAGCUCAAUGAACUGCAGCAGUUCAUCAAGAGUUAUGUCGAAUGUUUUCACAAACACCUGCCUUUCAUUCAUUUACCAUCCUUCUCCCCUCUGAAUACGCCAUCUCCCUUAAUAUUUGCGAUGGCAAGCAUUGGAGCACUGUACCGUCUGAAGCGGCGCCGUGCGUAUGACUUCUUCAGGUUGUCAGAGACAAUACAAUCGGCGGAGUCUUGCUUCCGAGAUGUUCAACAAGAUGGGUUUCAUGAUGCUGGUCCGUUCAUUCCCGUUUCCACCCUUCGCCUCUAUAUACAUGUUGGUGAGAGACUUACCCCUCAACAGGAAUAUCAAUGGAGGAGGAUUGACUUGCAAAACAUUGCUACCAAUCGCGAAACAAUGACCUGGUCAGAUUGGAUCAACUUUGAAGAAACAAAAAGGGCGCUCUGUGCCAUGUUCAUCCUAAGUGAUUCGAUUAUGAUCACGUUCAAUAUCACGCCCGGCUUCGUAAUUGACCGAGAUCUCAUGAUCGAAGCCCCCGACGAUGACGAGUUAUGGGCUGCUAAAACAGCAGAAGAAUGGGAAGAACUGCAGCGAUCCCACCCCAACAACCCACAACAUACCAUUCAGAGUAUUCUAGAGUGCAUGAUUCGGGCCCCGCCAACUACUCCAAACAAUAAGCCCUGCCGUAUAUGCGGCUUCACAGCCCUAGUCGUCAUGCACGCCAUUAACAUCUACCUUUGGCAUCUGAACCAGCUUGCGCAAAGCGUUAGCAGUUUCUCUCUGGGAAUUUGGCCACAUGAAAACCUCCGAACCACCUUGCUCCGAGCAGCAAUGUCAACACUAGAACGGACUGAAGCUGCCCUACAAGCGGGUCGGUCAGAUGACUACAAGUUAGCUUGGGAUGACCUGGAGCAUGUCCUUGUGUUCAACUGCAGUGCAGUACUUCGCGCUGGUUAUUCGCGGCUUUUACCGCCAUCACAUUCAUUCAAUCGAUUAGUGCUACUCGUGGAUGAUCACGAUGCGCUAUCACGGGCAGCAAAGACAUAUGUGAAUGCACCGCUGGAAAGGAAUGAAUUUGUGACCGAGGCUGCCAGGAAGGCUUACGAAGGGUUUAAGGCCCCAGUUACCAUAGGUGCUACCCUCGUUAGCAAAACUGCUGCUUUCUCCUGGAGUCUUGAGCAAGCCGUGGCCGGUUGGGAUAGUGCCCUUCUACUGACCAAGUGGAUCUAUAGCAUGGAGGUAGAUGCAGCCGGGCAACAGCCAUCAACUGAAGAAUUGCAACUUGUUGAUGACCUGAGAUCUCUACUCGCUGAGAUGCAAUACGAGCACGAAUUAGAUAACGAAGUAUAUCCAUUGGCUGCGCUUCUGGCCCGCGCGUGGGCGACCCUGCUUGGCGACGUUUGGGUUUGGGGAAUUACUCCCAGGAUGGCGGAAAUAUUGAACCUUCUGGCAGUGGAAUACCAGAGGCAAGCCGAUUCUGACCAGGGGAAUACUGCACAAUGA